UGCCCUCACCGAGGGCAGAUCAACCCACCCCUGAUAAUGAGAGCUGCAUUAAGGCCAGUGCUGAGGAGAAACAGCAUGGGUGCAAUCACAGAUGUGGAAAGCAGUUGUGGGACACAACGUGUCAGUGAAAGUGGAGGCUCAGGGAGACGACUGGGACACAGACCCCGAUUUCGUGAACGACAUCUCCGAGCGGGAGCAGCGCUGGGGAGCCAAAACCAUCGAGGGCUCCGGCCGCGCCGGGCACAUCGACAUCCAUCAGCUGAGGAACAAGGUAUCUGAGGAACAUGAGGUCAUCAAGAAGAAGGAGCUGGAGACUGGCCCCAAGGCAUCCUAUGGUUAUGGGGGCAAAUUUGGAACAGAGCGAGACCGAAUGGAUAAGUGCGCAGUAGGACACGAGUAUGUUGCUGAUGUUGGGAAGCACUCCUCGCAGACAGAUGCAGCCCAGGGGUUUGGUGGCAAGUUUGGAGUCCAGCGGGACCGAGCCGACAAGUCAGCACUGGGCUUUGAAUACAAGGGCGAGGUGGAGAAACACUCGUCCCAGAAAGAUUACUCCAAGGGCUUUGGUGGCCGUUACGGAGUGGAAAGGGAUAAGGUGGACAAAGCAGCUGUGGGAUUUGACUACAAGAGCCAGGCAGAAAAGCAUGAAUCUCAGAAAGACUAUUCUGUGGGCUUUGGUGGGAAGUUUGGGGUCCAGAGGGAUCGUCAGGACAAGAAUGCACUUGGCUGGGACCAUCAGGAAGAAGUGCAGCCCCACGCAUCCCAGAGAGACUAUGCCAAGGGGUUUGGAGGCCGUUAUGGGGUCCAGAAGGAUAGAGUGGAUAAGAAUGCUGCUGGCUUUGAUGAGAUGGCAGCUCCCACCUCCUCCUAUGAGAAAACAAGACCCCUGGAGGCAGGAGCCUCCAGUGGCACCAGCAGCCUGCGGUCGCGGUUUGAGCACAUGGCCAGGUCGGCAGAGGAGGAGAGCAGGAGGCAGGCAGAGGAGGAGCGGGCCAGGCGGCAGGCCCGGGAGCACCGGCUGGCUCAGCAGCAGGAAAUCCCUCCGAGAGAGAAGGAGCACACUGGGACUGGGGCAGCCCCUCCAGCUGUGCCAGCAGGGAUACCCAGGGAUGCUGCUGGGGACCAGCCCGUGUCACCAGGAGAACAGCAGGAGGCCAAAAGGGAGGAUGAAGAAGUACCACCCACUUUGCCACCAAGGCCAGCAGAUCUGGAUGCAGAGCUGUGCAAGGUCCCCAUCCAGGGUCAGCCCACCUACAAUGUAAGUUUGGAUGUUGGUGGAGACUAUGAGGAGCUGCCAGAGCCCUCUGACUACUGUGACAGCACCAGUGGAGGUGCUGACUAUGAGGAAGUGCCAGCCCCGUUGGGAAAGCUGGAUGCCACCUAUGACUUUGGAGGAGAUGGAGGUGAAGACUAUGAGGUGAUCCUUCCUCAGGAGCCCAGACAGAGCCAUCCCCACCUGGGGAACACGGACAGUGCUGCUGAGGGGCAGAGCCCCGGGAUCUGCGCAGUGGCUCUCUAUGAUUACCAAGGAGAUGGUGAUGAUGAGAUUUCUUUUGAUCCUGAUGACACAAUCACACACAUUGAGAUGGUGGAUGAAGGCUGGUGGCGGGGACAGUGCCAUGGCAGAGUCGGCCUCUUCCCAGCAAAUUAUGUGAAGCUUCUGCAGUGAAAUGAGCACAGUGCAAACUGUUUCCUCCCAACUUUUGCCUCUGUCGUGGUUUGACACUGGCCAAAUGCCAGACACCCACAAAAGUCACUCAUUCACCCUUCUCUGUCAAAGCUUGGCAGAGGAGAGAAAAAUUUAAUGAAGGCUCCAUGAGCUGAGAUGAGGACAGAGAGAAAACACUCCAAGGGCAAAAUAGGCUUGACUUAGAGGUACAAAGUGAAUUCGUUACUAACAGAGUCAGAGGAGGAUAAUGAGAAAAUAAGCCCUUAAAACACCUAUUUUUUUCCCCCAACUCCUCCCUCCUUCCCACCAACAGUGCAGGGAGACAGGGCAUGGGAGUUUUGGUCAUCUCAUCACUGAGAUUUUCUUCCACUGCUCUGGGAGAGGAGUCUCCCCUGUGAGACCAUGGGGUCCCUCCCAUGGGAGACUGCUUCUCUGUGAACUUCUCUGACAGAGGUCCACUCUCACGAGCAGCAGUCUUCCCAAAACUGCUGCAGCGUGGCUCACUGUUCCACGAGGUGCAGUCCUCCAAGGCCAGGCUGCUCCAGCCUGGAAGCAAGGGCUCUCUCUCCACUGCAUUUCCCACUGGAUCACAGCCUCCCCCAGGCAUCCACUGCUCUCUGGCAUGGGCACUUCCCCCACGGCCUGGGGGUGGAUCUCUGCAUCCCCCAUGGAUCCCCACAGACUCUGGGUGGAUCUCUGCAUCCCCCGUGGAUCCAUGGGCUGUGCAUGGAUCUCUGUAUCCCCCAUGGAUCUCUGUAUCCCCUGUGGAUCCCCACAGGCUGUGGGUGGUUCUCUGGAUUCCCUGUGGAUCCCCACGGGCUGUGGAUGGAUCCCCUUGGGCUGCGGGUGGAUCUCUGGAUCCCCUGUGGAUCCCCUCGGGAUGCAGGGGCACAGCUGCUUCACCAUGGUCUCACCAUGCAGACAAUCUCAGCUCUGGGCCCUGGAGCAGCUCCUGCCCCUCCUUCCCCACUGACCUUGGUGUCUCCAGGUUGUCUCGCUCACAUAUUCUCACUUUCUCCUCUUCUCUGUCUGGAAUUGAAAUUGCUCCUCACUUUGUUUUGACUUUCUUCUUAAAUCACAGAGGUGUUACCAUCAUCUCUCAUUGGCCAGCCUUGGCCAGCAGCACAUCAAUUUUGAGAGCCACCAGAGGUUGGCUCUGCUGGACAUGGUGGAAGCUUCCAGCAGCUUCUCACAGAAGCCACCUCUGUGCCCCCCCCCCCCCCAAAAAACCAGGCUGUGCUAAACCAACACGUUCCACCUCUUGCCUCUGUGAAUCACAUAUUUAAGAAGAAAAUCAAAACAAAGUGGGCACAGUUUGUUACGUUUUUUCCUAGCCAGAGAAGAGGGGGAUGUGAGAACAUGUGAGGGAAACAACCUCUGCAGGCUGUGGUGAGACCAUGAUGUGAAGUGUUUUCUCAUAGUCCUUAUCUCAACUCAUGAACCCUUCAUUUUUUUUUAUCCUCCCUCUGUGGCAGGGGAGGGUGAGUGAGUGACUUUUGUGGGUGCCUGACAUUUGGCCAGUGUCAAAUCACGGCAGCCUGUCUCUGCUUCAGCCUUUCCUGUGUUAUCAGCUUAAUUUCGCUCAGCUUGGUACAUCCACAUUCAGAGAAAUAUCAAGGAGCAAAUCGGCAGUGCCAGAGGGAAUAUUUUGUCUUAUGCCCAAGAGGGUUUUGAUUCCCAUCCACUUCCAGGUGGGCAAGCUGGGAUGGUUUAAGAGUAUAUGAGUGCAAUACAAGGUCUCUUCUAUCUAGGCUGCCCCACCUGUCAGCCAGCAAGCCUGCAGCAGUGUGUCCUGUUCCCAGUGGGGCAAUUCCCAGAGCAGAAAUACCAAAUCUAGUCCAGCCAAGGCAGAAGGGAUGUGAGCUGUAGGACCUUUGUCAGUUACUGUGGCCCUGGAUCUCAUCCUAGUCAGGGGUCGGAGCAAAGAGCGCUGGGAAAGCCAAAUUUGUGUUUAUUCCAAGGAAAGGUUUCCAUUUUUAGCAUGAGCCAUGUUUGCAGCAUGGACCAGAGAAACAUGAACAUGGUCUGUGUGACCCUUUUGGGCACAGGUGUGUCUGUCCCCAGGGCUCUGCCCUCCCUCCCAGCUUCUGCUCUGGCUUGGCUCAAACAGUGUCCAGUGAUUCUGUGACAGCUUGUGUCCCCUGUGCCUGCUGGAGGUUCCUGAAAAGCCUGACUCUCCAUCACAGAUGUGAGGAAAAGGCUGGGCAGGUGGGAAGCAGGACAGGAAGAAACAUUUUAUUGCUAAUGUUUAAAACAGUUUCCAGAAAUGCAAAAUAAAGCCCUCUCUCAAGCCAGUACCUCUUAGGUGGAUGUUCAGCUUUGGGAAUUGUUCCUCUGUGGGAUGCAGGUACCAUCACAGCAGGAAUAAACCAGGGACAGCUGAGUAGAACAGCACCUGAGGGGCUGUGGGACUGAGGGGCUGUGGGAGCACACCUGAAAGGCUGCAGGAACACCUGAGGGGCUGUGGGAGCACAGCCCAGUCACUGCUACUGCCAGCAGUGUGCUCAGAGGGUCCCACUGACACUAAGCUUUAGAGUUCAGUGUGGUUUACAGGUGAGUUCUGGACCACCCUGCAGCUGACCAAGCCUGUACUGCCUGGGCAGGAGUGUGGCACUCCUGCUCAGUGUUUGAUCCUGGGAACACCCAACGACUGUCUGUCUGUCACAGGAAAGGUGCAUUGGGAUUCAGGUUAAAAAUUAUCAAUUUUAUCAAUUAUCAAGUUUUCCAGAGGUUUCUUGUUUGGGUUUCUGGUUGGUUGGCUUUGGGGUUUUUAUUUGGAGUGAUUUGGGUUUUUUGCUUCUCUGAGGCAGCUUCCCCAGUCUCUUUCCUUGUGUGGUUUCUGCUUUUUCCUGCUGUCCCCUUCUAGGGGCUCCUCAGAAAGGUGUUCACUGGUCAGAGUCUGAUGUGUCCAGUGACACUGGACUGAGGGUGCUUCAAGGACUUUUUAGAAUCCAGAAGGGUGUAUAGCAAAGAGGGCUGAGGGGCUCACAGCCUGUCUGGAUAGGAGCAACAGCCCAACCCAACAGGUGGGUUACAGAAACAUUUCUUUCCCUGAAGAGUAAAAUCAGCAUGCGUUGUGCACUGAGAAAUGGCAAACUGCUCCCAACAAGGCUGUGUGCCUCCUAGUGCCAGUUCUGACUCUGCAGUGGGUUUCUUUGGGAACAGAUUAGAUACUGUUGGGUGUCUCUUGGUAACUGAGCUACAGAUGAGCGUGUUUGGGUUCAGCCGACGUAGGUUGUGUGACUGCAGGUGUCACCUGCCUGUGUCAUCUCCCUUGCCCCAGUGAGCCCCUGCUCCUGGCUCUGCUGCAGUGCUGGACACUGCUGUGCCUCAUGUGCACACCUGCAGAUUUGGCCACUGCCCCCACAGCCACAGAUUCAUUUGAGCUUGGGCCCAGCUGCAGACCCCCAGCCACUCCUCAGGCACUGUCACCCAGAGCCACAGCACACACAACAGCUGCACAGGGAAAUUUUUCUGGCCAUAAAGCAAAGCAUUUCUGGUGAGUUUGGAGCCACCAGCUCUCAGCUCGGUGCUGAGACCUCCAUGUCUCACUGCAGCACUGAAGCCAUGGGUGGCCUGUGCAAGCUGCUGUGCUUGUGUACCGAGUGCUGCAGAGCCUCCCUGGCAGCCUGGGGAAACCCAGCGGACAUCAGAUUGGAAGCCAAGGCACAUGGGGACAGUGGAUGGUGGGACAGCCCCUCUUGCCCAGGCCAGGUUUUGCAGUCCAAGGCACUGCCCUUUGUUCUGCACAGGGCCUGACUCAAGACCUGGGGCAGCCCUGAGGCAAAGCUCGUGGCUAUGCUCAGGGCCAGUCCGUGUCUGGCUCCACAUGAAUUUGCCUUUUGCAAAGUUCCCUGGCAGUAGCACAGCUGCAGCACGUCCUGUGCUGAGCUCAGCACAUGGCAUCUGGAAAAUAAAGACAGAAUCCUGGACCUGUAGCCCUGUUCCUGACUUUAUUUUGCCAUUCUGCUUUCAGUGAUGUGCUGUGGGUCAGAUGAGUGAUGGUAGUGUGCCACGUGCUUGGGCUGGGAGCCCCAGGCUCACUGUGC